AUGCGUGGGCUUCUAUUAUUGGACAUGAUGCGCAGUGUCGCAGAGGAGGGAAAUACACUGGUCCCGCGGUCCACUGGCAAGGUUGAGCUGGACAUCGAUCCUCUACCACUCGCACAACGUCGAGGACUCAUUGCAGUUACGGUCAUGGCAUUUCUUUCUCUCAUUGCCACGGCAACUCUUCUCAUCUUCAUUACCUACCGCCUGAUCUUCUGGCGCGGAAAAUACACCAGAUACAUCGGGUACAACCAAUACAUUAUCCUCAUCUAUAAUCUGGUCCUUGCAGAUUUUCAGCAAGCACUGGGAUUUUUGCUCUGUUUGAGAUGGAUUCUCACGGACAAAAUCCAGUCUGGUACCGCUGCAUGCUUUCUUCAAGGGCUGUGGCUUCAAAUCGGUGACCCCGGUAGCGGCGCUUUCGUCCUGGCUAUCGCUUUUCACACAUUUCUACUCGUCGUCUUGGGGAAAAAGAUGUCUUAUAAGGUGUUUGUUUCCUUUGUUAUCGGUGUCUGGGUCUUUGUGGCUGUUAUUGUCACAAUCCCGUUGGCAAUGUACGGAGUCGAUGUCUUCAUCCCAUCUGGUGCCUGGUGCUGGAUCAACGAGGAGUAUGAGACAGUUCGCUUGUGGACUCACUAUUUCUGGAUCUUCCUUGCCGAGUUUGGAACUGUUUGUCUCUACGCAGUAAUGUACUUCCAACUGCGCAAGCAAAUCGCACAGUCAUCUAUUCUCGGAAACAGUCAACUUGAGAGCCUGAAGCGUCUGCGACGAGUGGUCGGUUACAUGACUAUCUAUCCAGUGGUCUACAUUGUCCUUUCUUUGCCCUUAGCCGCUGGACGAAUGGCCACCCAGAAUGGCCAAACUCCCAGCGUGACCUUUUUCUGCUGUGCCGGUGCCAUCAUCACCAGUUCCGGAUUGGCAGAUGUCACUCUCUACACGCUUACUCGUCGCAAUCUUAUCGGCGACUCUGAGCCGAGCGAGGAUCGAUCUUACCACAAAUUUGACAAGAGCCGCAAAGGUGAAACACACAUGACAACUAUCACAGCCGAGCAGAGGAUGAAUCGGAAGUUUGGAAUCGGCGACGACGAUCUUGAUCGCGAUGGCUCAACGGAUAACAUUGUGCAACCCAUGGAGAUGGAUGAUCUCGGCAAGGUUUACCAAGAAACCACCAUUGAGAUCACACACGAAGCCGUAUCCUCGUCAGAAGACGGUGGGCGCACGAGCAAAGACUUUCCUGAUCCACCAUCGCGUGUCGAAUGGAGGAGAUAA